AUGGUGUUUCCCCCCGGGGGCACCCCUACUUUUGGGGAGGCGCUGGGGUCCUGCCUCGAGUACCAUGGGGGCUCUCUCGAGGUCAAUAUGUCGCUGGCGAUGAUAUGCGUCGACGCAUGCGCCUCAAGCAGAGACAACAGCCGCUAUCUGCUGCUGGAGGCCGCCAGCAAGCUGCGACAAGGAACAGAUCCAGAGGGAAUGUACAGAGCUCUAGAUCUGGUGGAGAUAUGCGUUAAGAACAAUGGCAUUGAUUUCGCUCGGCAUAUAGAUGACUACUUCUUGCGUUCGAUGGCAAAAAUCCUCAAGCUCACAACCUUCAAGCGUUCGCUCACGAAGGAUGUCAAGGAGAAGAUAAACAAAAUAAUAGGAGGGCCCUUUGUACAUCCUGGCGUAGCAACAGAUCCAAGGAUCCACAAACUCAAGCGGAAGGUCUUGUUUAUGUUUCAGCUCUGGCAUGACUCCUUCGUCCUGCAACAGGAGAGAUGCCCAGCCAUCUUCAAUAUGUACCGAAAGCUUCGGAGCAAGGGCGUGGAGUUCCCUCAAGUCGACCGAUCGCAGAAGUAUCUGGUGAAGAAUGCAGAAGAAUCCCCAGCCUUUGACAUCGCUCCCCCGCCGCCCCCCGUCUCCUCCCGCCCCACAACUCGAUCCCAGGCGGGAUCGUCUAGGCAGCAGGAGACAGUGCCUGUGGAGCAGCUGUCGGGCUUCUUCGGGGCACCAGCACCUCCUCCGCUGCUGCCCCCGCCUCCAGCAUUCCAGCCAGCAGUGCCUGCAGCAACACCAGCAGCAGCAGCAGCAGGAGCAGCAGGAGCAGCAGGACUCCGUCCGCCUCCUGCUGCUGCUGCUGCUGCUCCUGCUGCUGCAGCGGACGUGAUAGGAGGGGGGGGAGGGGGGGCCCCCUCGGAGGACCCCUGGGCCGCAUUCAGCAGCCUCUCUCCUGGGGGCCAUCUGUCUCUCUGUUCUUCUUCUGUCUCCGUGGAGUCUCCUUCUCCCCCCAAAUCCCAGCCAGCCAACCCCUGCAGCAGCAGCAGCAGCAGCAGCAGCAGCAGCAGCAGCACUUCCGCAGGGGGGUUGUAUACAGGCAGCAGUGCCUCACCUUUGUCUAUGGGGCAGCAGGUGCUCUCGCUUCACCAGAGCGGGGGCCCCCCCUUCAUGGGAGCACCUGCAGCAACAACAGCAGGAGCAGCAGCAGGAGCAGCAGCAGGAGGGGCCCCCAUUUCUCCGGGGGGCCCCCAGGGGUGGAAUUUUGCUGCAGCAGCAGUGACAGAACCCUCAUCCCCCAGAGGGCGCCCCCCCUGCAGCAGCAGCAGCAGCUGCCGCAGCAGCAGCUGCCGCAGCAGCAGCUGCCGCAGCAGCAGCAGGGACAGCUCCUUUGGGGACUUCGUUGCUGCUUCGCCUCAACAGGCGCCCCCCCUGCAGCAGCAGCAGCAGCAGCAGCUGCCGCAGCAGCAGCAGCAGGGGCCGCCAGGGGGAACAGGAGGGAUUCAGGGGGCCCCCUGGGGGGCCCUCCACCCCUUCAGCAACCGCCUCGCCCUCAUGGGGCCCCCAGCCCCUCGCUCGCUAGAAGAGGACCCUUUCGCGGACUGUGGGCCCACGCCGCAGCAGCUGCAGGAGAUGCAGCAGCAGCAGCAGCUGCUGCAGCAGCAACAGCAGCAGCAGCAAAUGAUGCUAGAGAGGCAACAACAACAACAACAACAGCAGCAGCAGCAGCAGCAGCAGCAGGCAGGCCAGCAAACGAUGUCUUUUAUGCCUGCUGCAGCUGGGGGGCCUUCGUAUGGGCAGCAACGGCCGGAUCAACCGCAGCAGCAGCAGCAGCAGCAGCAGAUGCAGCAGCAGCAGCAGCAGCAAAUGCAGCAGCAGCAACGGCCACUACAGCCGUCCUCCUCUUGGGGUGGGGGCAGCGCCUUUGCAACAAACAAAGUACGAAGACAGAGAAAAAACAAACAAACCCGCCUGGCCAGGAGACUCAAGUGGAGCCGAACCCCAGACACCCCAGCAGCAGCAACAGAAGCAACAGCAGCAGCAGCAACAACAGCAGCAGCAGCAGCAGCAGCAGGCAUGGCCGGGGGAACCGGAGGCCCCGGUAGACGGCCGGCGGUUCUCCUUUGGGGCCCCCAAGGACAAGGGGGCCCCCGCGACAGCCACAUCGUUUGA